AAUCGGUUAUCGACAUGGACUUGGCAAUGGCAAAGAAUUCUUGGCGGCCUCUUCUUCUAAGCCUUAUCCUGGGGCUACUGCCUGCCAUGAGUCAGCAGGCGGCACUGGCCGAGGCGGAUUACUACACGGCCGGAGUGGUGGAAUUCCGCCAGUCGGUGCUCAGUUUGACGGAGAACGUGGAGGCCUAUGUGGAGAUCAUACUCUCCGAGAACGCCAGCGCCACGGACAUCAUAGUCUUCCCUGAGAGCACUCUGAAUGGCUCGGGAUCUAUGACAUUUGUGCCCAAUCCCAAAGACGAAAUCGCUCCCUGCCUGAGCGAUCCCAAUGCCACCCACUAUGAGGCGUUUCUGGUGACCAUCUCCUGUGCGGCCCGCAAUGCCAGCAAGUAUGUGGUGAUCAAUCUCACCGAAAAGCAAAAGUGCGAGGAUGUGCCGGAGGACACGAGGCCUUGUGCCUCCAAUGGCUUGAACACCUACAACAGCAAUGUGGCCUUUGAUCGUCAGGGCGUUGUGGUGUCCCGCUACCGGAAGGUGCACCUGUACGGUGAGAACAAGAACAGCACCUACCUGCCAGAGCUGAGCACCUUCGAGACGGACUUCGGGGUCACCUUCGGCCACUUUAUCUGCUUCGAUAUCCUCUUCUACACGCCCGCCCAUCAGCUCAUCGUGGAGCACGGAGUCACGGACUUUAUCUACCCGGCCAUGUGGUUCUCCCAGCUACCCUUUCUCACAGCUGUUCAAGUCCAAGAAGGCUGGGCUUACUCCAACGAUGUGAACCUACUGGCAGCCGGAGCCAGUCGUCCUUCGGUGGGCAACAGUGGCUCUGGCAUCUACCACGGGCGCAGCGGUGUCCUCACCAGUGUGAUGAAUCAGGGCUCGGGAGAGCGAGCCAUUUAUGUAGCCCAGGUGCCCAAGUACACAAGGAGCAGGUCCGUCCAAAAGCGAGCCAAGAGGGAAGCUACGGCACCUCGUCAAGCGGCCACCAGCUCGAGUUACUUUAUGAAACGCGACUACCUGGAGAACUACGAAACAGAGCCACUUGAGUUCGACGAGAGAGUUAUUGGCAAUGUCAACAGGACUCUUUGCCAGGGCAACUUCUGCUGUCACUUUGACAUCGCCUGGAGAUCCUUAGUGGCAGACAGUGGCAGCUACUACAGCUACCGACUGGCCACCUACGAUGGCUGGCGCAACGAGCAGCGGGUGGACGCCAAUUACAUUCGCAACUGUGCGCUGUUUGCCUGUUCAGGUCCAACUAUCGAGGAUUGUGGCCAGUUGCUGCCCACCGAGGGAGCGGAGCAGCAGCCCCGCGUUGCCUUUACCAGGCUGGCGAUCGAGGUCAGCUACCCGGAGUCACGGGAGUUCCUGCUUAGCCCCAACUCCCUGCUGAACAACCUACUGCCCCUAAAACCCAGCCAGUUCGAGUGGUCGCAGGAGAAAGCCACUGAAGACAGUUACCAGCACGAGGUUCGCUUUGCCUUGCGGGAAUCUUUGGAGUUGACCAACCUACUGACCUUUGCCAUUUAUGGAAACUACUAUGACAACGAGUGCACAUAUGGCGUGGGCGAUGCGGAGAAGCAACUGGCCUGCGGCUACAGGAAUGGCUCCACUGGAAAGGCAAACCUUGGGGGCUGGCUGACAAUGCCCUUGGCUAUCCUGCUGCUCGCUUGGUCCAAACUCUAAAAGGAAUGCUCGAUAUUAGCCAAAGGAUUUCAAUUCAAUCUUAUUUUUCACGGUGUUGGGAUCAAAUACAAGUCUUUGCUCAAUGAUUGUUCU